CCUACUCCCCAGGCUGCAACCAAGCGACGGAAUGUUGUGUCGGUGGUUGCCAGGGCAACCAGAGCCUGUUGCUGGCUGCCCUGGGGAUCAGGGAGCUGGCUGUCUCCUCGUCAGCGGCCCCGGGCCCCGGGGUUGGUGGAAAGAAAGCCGGGAUACCUGCUGGGGAGCUGCUCGUGCCACCCCCCCCCCGCCAGGGGAGGGAUAUUUCCAGCUGACUUUGCAGGAGAAACUCCCCUCCAGGAAGAUGCUGGAGCCCAGCGUGCAUCGUUUCCCGCCAGCACUGCGACUCCUGGAGAAGAGGCGGGAGCUUGCGGACGCGGACCGGAGCCUGCAGGACCACAGGGAGGAGUUCCAGACCAGGAUGGCGGCCCUGGAGCAGCGCCGUGAACAGCUGGAGCAGAGGGAGCAGGCGCUGAAGGCGUCCUUGGUGCGCUCCGACCAGUUCCUGCAGGAGGCCGAGGCCCGGCGCCGUCGCGCGCUGCAGAGGGCGGCGCAGGAGCGGCUCCAGGCGGGCCGCCGGGAGGCGGAGGCGCUGCGGCUGCGGGCCCAGCUGGAGGAGCUGCGUGGGGAGCGGGAGCGGCUGCAGCGCCGGCUGCAGCGCCUGGAGCCCUGCGCGCACCUGCUGGGGAAGGUGUUGGAGCAUCUGCCGGAGUUCCAGGAGGUUCCCGAGCUGGUGGCGCGCUGGGACGGCCUGGCCGACUCGCAGGCGGCGCUGCGGCUCGCGGAGCGGGAGCGGCUGGCCGAGCUGGAGGCCGCCCGGGCGCGGCUGCAGCGGCUGCGGGACGCCUGGCAGGACGAGCUGCUGCGGCUGGGCCAGCGGCGGGCGCAGCUGCGGGAGCAGCUGGAGGCGGCGCGGGAGCGCACGCUGCAGUGGGAAUCCAAGUGGGUCCGGAUCCAGAACACGGCAGCCGAGAAGACCCUGCUCCUGGGCCGCGCCAGGAUGGCGGCGCUGGACCUGUUCCAGCGUGUGUGCCAGCACCAGAGGCGGCCGCCCGCCCUGGACAUUGAGGACACCGAGGGGCAGCUGGAGCAGGUGAAACUGUUCAUCUUAGGCCUCACAGCCACGCUGGCCAGCCUGGCACACACGGAGCCGCGGCCCCUGCCUGCUGGCCCUCACCCAGACCCUGGGAGGCAGAGCUGAGGGCUCCGGGGAUCGCCUCCUGCAGCCAAGCUGGGGGCCUGCAUGGUCCCAGCUCUGCUCUGGCCCCAGCUGGAGCCGCCGCAGGCUCGGGGGCAGUGGAUCAGAGGACGGGACCUCCUGCCUCGCAAACAGACAGCAGCAAC